GGGGCCGUGAGAUUUCCGCAUAAACCAGGGGAGGGGAGCAUCAUCAUCCAUGAGCAGAGCAUAAGCAUGGCGCCGGUGAAGGUGUUCGGGUCGGCGGCGUUCACGAACGUGGCGCGGGUGCUGGUGUGCCUGGAGGAGGUCGGCGCCGAGUACGAGAUCGUCGACGUCGACUUCCAUGCCAGGGAACACAAGGGCCCCGACCACCUCGCCGAAAACCCGUUCGGCCAGGUCCCGGCGUUCCAGGACGGGGAUCUCACGCUCUUCCAGUCCCGCGCGAUCUCACGCUACGUGCUCCGCAAGCACAGGACCGACGAGGUCAACCUGCUGAGGGAAGGCGACCCCAGGGAAUCGGCCCUCCUAGCUCCGCCAGUGGACGUCUGGCUGGACGUGGAGGCCCUCAGCUUCGACCCCGCCAUGCACUCGGUGUUCUACCAGCACCGCGUCGCGCCGGCGCUGGGCGGGACCCCCGACGAGAAGAUCAUCGGCGAGAGCGUCGAGAAGCUGAGGAAGGUGCUGGACGUGUACGAGGCCCGGCUGAGCAAGCACAGGUACCUGGCCGGGGAUUUCCCGAGCCUCGUGGAUCUUAGUCACUUCCCCGAGACGCACUAUUUCAUGGGGAUGCCGUAUGCGGCGGUGUUCGAUGCCUACCCUCGUGUUAGGGCGUGGCUGGAGGAGCUGUUCGAUAGGCCCGCCGUGAAGAAGGUCAUCGCGCUCAUGGCCAAGGACUUCAAUUAGUUAUGCUUCUGAGUAAAGGUCGCGCCUGUCAGGUUACAUUAUGUGGGAGACCGUAUGCGAUAAGACCAAGGUUGACUGCAUGUAUUGUCUUUACAUCUCACCACAUACUUGCUUAUCAAUUCUCUGUUUUCUGAGUAUCACUGCUCUGUUUUCUGAGCACUUGAUAGCGUGCUCUGUUUUCUGAGUGUUGAGUAUAUUGUGUACGUGUAUAUGUGUGUGUAGG